AUGACUUUGACUUCACGCUUAGUUUUAUACACAGCACACAUUUGCCCCUUUGCGCAUCGUGUAGAGGCUGCGCUGCUGCAAGCCGGUGCCAAGUUCGAGAAGGUGGAAAUUGAUUUAGAGAAGAAGCCAGAAUGGUAUCCUCAAAUCAACCCAGCUUCCAAAGUUCCAGCGCUUGUUAUAGACAAAGACAAUCACCAGAAAGACAUUUCUAAGAUUCCAGAGAACGGAGUGUCGAUCAAUGAGAGCUUAGUUUUGUUGGAAUUGGUUGCUGAUCUCUAUCCAGAUGCACACCUCCUUCCUCAUGGCUUGGUGAAUGCUGUCAACCGGGCCAAAGUACGUCUGUUCAUCGAAGCAGGCGGCUACUUCAACUCUCAAUACUUUGCUUGGUUGUUCCGCGGCGAAAGUUCAACGAAUAUCUUGCAAGCUAUUGACGCACUCCAAGCUCACCUUCCAGAAACCGGUUUCUUAUUGGGAGACAACAAGCCAACAAUUGGUGAUUUAGCAUUUGCACCAUUCUUUGUCAGAUUCAAGGACUUUGCUGAGAACGCAAAAGAAGAUGUUUGCGAUAUCGCAGGCGCAAGGAGCGUGCUUGAGACACUCAAGACGGAGAAGUAUCAAAAGUUCAACAGAUACGUUACAGACUUGCUUGAUUUGCCUUCUGUAAAGUCCACUACACCAAGCCCAGAAUUAAAUGUUGAGAAAUUUACCAAGAAAAUCAAGAUAAUGAGGGAAUCUGUAGCAUAA